CUUUAUGAUACUGACCUAGGCAGUAAAUACAAUGUUGCUCUAUUCACGCUUAAUAGUGUGAUAUUUACGGAAACAUUGACUGCUCGUUUCCGCGGACGCUGCCCGGCCUGCCGCGUUCGUACGUGUUUUUUUACCCGGGAAGUAUUGCAUAUCUUUGUGACAGUCGCUCCUAGGGCGCAAGUUUCAAUUCCACUGUGAAGAUAUUUUGUGGUUAUCAGCAUUGCCAGGACUCUGAAGGACUGGAAAAGAAAGGAAGAGUAUGCUGUGGAGAAACAACAGUGGAAAGACGGAAGUUCAGCAACCAAACAGCACGUGUAGAAUGCGUCCAUGCAAGAAGAUUGUCUGCUACUUGUCUCUGAUGGCUUUGAUCAUAGGGAUAUAUAUACUGGUUAGCAACCACCUACACCAUGGACCUUCUGUGGAUAUUCAGUACCGAUCACAGAAUAUUCCUUAUGACCAGACAGGAUAUGGAGUAUGGGAGCCUGUGGUGCAACAUAUAUACUACACAAGGAAAGAGACCGUUGUUAGGCAGCUCACAAGAAAUGAUUGCACAUGUGAACAGGAGGAGGUGACGCUGAAGACCCUUCUCAACCUGGACUCUGUCUCUGAUCUGGAGUUUGCCUUUAAAGUAGGAGAGCGCCAAGAGGUGAAAGAAAGGAGAGAGAAAGAGUAUCAACAUUUUUUGCAAAGGACGAAGAGCCCUGCUGACGCUCUGCUCAUUGCUAAAGCAAACUCUCCUCUGCAAUACCCGAUUCAAGGAGUUGAAGUGCGGCCGAUGAAAACCAUCUUAAUUCCAGGUCUGAGUCUGCAAGCAAAAUCGCAGCGUCUCUUUGUGGUGAACUUGACAGCAUCUUUGGGAACUUUUGACGUGGCAGCCGAGGUCGAUGACGUUACAAUUGAAGGUGUUGGGCAGAUGCACCUGUCCCUCUCGAGCUCUCAGGUGGACAACCUGAACCGCCAGCUUCAGUUCGUCACCUACACCAACACCGUCUUCAACCCCAACUCUGCGGACACAGUGUUGUUCAAGACUUCUGGACACCAGGCCUCAUUUACCAUAAAAAUUAGGCACCCCAUGAUGCCGAAGCUUUAUAAUGCUAAGAGCAAAGCAGGAUAUAACAUCAGUGCAUUGGUGACUAUAGCAACCAAAACAUUCUUAAGGUACGACAAGCUGAGGGAGCUGAUAUCGAGCAUUAGGAAGUUUUAUCCCAAUGUCACCAUUGUAAUCGCGGAUGACAGUGAGAAACCACAAAAGAUUGAAGGACCAUUUAUUGAGCAUUACAUCAUGCCAUUUCGGAAGGGUUGGUUUGCAGGGCGGAACUUGGCUGUCUCCCAGGUCAAAACAAAGUAUCUGCUCUGGGUCGAUGAUGACUUCAUCUUCGCUUCAGACACCAAGCUGGAAAAGAUGGUGGAGAUCCUGGAGAAAACCACUUUGGACAUGGUGGGAGGCUCAGUGAGAGAGGUAACCAAAUAUUCAGCAACAUUUCAACAUAAACUAAGCGUGGAGCAGGGUGGCAAAGAGGGAGACUGCUUGAAGAUCCAGAAAGGAUACUACCACAAAGUGGAAGGAUUCCCCAACUGUGUGGUUACGGAUGCCAUAAUUAAUUUUUUCAUGGCACGGACAGAAAAGAUGCAACUGGUGGGGUUUGACCCUCACAUUACAAGACAAGGACAUUUAGAGUUUUUCAUCGAUGGUCUGGGCAUGCUCCAUGUUGGCUCUUGCAGUGACAUCAAAGUUGACCAUGCUUCCAAAAUUGUGAUGCCUUGGACAAAGCAAACCAAGAAUGACAAAAUGUACAAAGAAUCACGUUAUGGCUGGAAUACGGGAGAGGAUGGUCUGAUACAAGAGAAACAGCUGUACUUCAAGAACCGGCUUAAGUGCAUCAAGAGCAGCUAAUGUGGCUUCAGGUCUUCCGUUUGGUGGGGAAGGGAAGUGCCUCAGUGUUUUAUCACUAAUUCCCAUCUCUUCCCACAGACACACAGCAGUUCACCCACAUUACCAUUAUCAAGCAUAGCCCUCGUGGACAAAGUAGAUGCUACUGAGGGCACAGAGUGCAACCUCACCUGCCUCAGGGCCUCUUCCAGUCUUAUAAAACCUGCAACUGCAGGUGGCUGACUAGAAGAAAACAUCUUUACAUGGAAUUUCAAAGAAUGUGCAGCAAAGAUCAGAAGCUGGUGCUCAUACUCCCUUUUGAUCCUUUUGACCCUUUUGAUUGCUUUCUGUUCCUAUUCCCCUUUUUCUCUUUCACAAUCUUCCUUUUAAAUGUACCCCGUUUGUUGCAGCCACUCACUGCACCCAGCAACAUCUUUGUGGGAUGUUACUGAAUGCAAACACACCACUCUCACUGGCACUCCCCUUGUGCUUCGUUGAAUAUGCCCGCCACUGGAUUAGUUACGCACAUUUCACCUUCCAUAAACCAUAUUGACUCUGCUCAAUCCAGUUAUCACUUUCUAAGUAUUUUGAUAUCAGUAAUAUUUUUAAUGGAGACACAAGAAGUUGCAGAGGAUUGAUGACCCAGGCUAAUUGGGGACAUGAGGUGUGAGGAAUAUGCAAAAUGGCUUCAAGGGGCUAUAUCCAGUUCCUUUUGGCUACACGAGGAAAUCUGCAGAUGCUAGAAAUUCAAGCAACACACACAAAAUGCUGGUGGAACACAGCAGGCCAGGCAGCAUAUAUAGGGAGAAGCACUGUCAACGGUUCGGGCUGAGACCCUUCAUCAGGACUAAUGGAGAAAAGAUCCCAGCUAUGCCUGGCUUUUUGUUGGCUUUGUGGAACAGCCCAUGUUCCAAGCCUAUAUGGGUAUCCCUCCCCCACUUUUCCUUCGCUACAUCGAUGACUGCAUUGACGCUGCUUCCUGCACAUAUGCUGAGCUCGUUGACUUCAUCAACUUUGCCUCCAACUCCCACCCUGCCCUCAGAUUUACCUGGUCCGUUUCUGACACCUCCCUCCCCCUUCCUUGAUCCCUCUGUCUCCAUCACUGGAGACGGCCUAUCUACUGAUGUCUGCUAUAAGCCCACGGACUCUCACAGCUAACUGGACUAUUCCUCUUCCCACUCUGUCUCUUGCAAAAAUGCCUUCCCCUUCUCACAAUUCCUCCAUCUCCACCACAUCUGCUCUCAGAAUGUGGCUUUUCAUUCCAGGACGAAGGAAAUGUCUUUCUUUUUUAAACAAAGGGGCUCCCCUUCAUCCACCAUCAACUCUGCUCUCAAACACGUCUCUCCCAUUUCAUGCACAUCUGCUCUCACCCCAUCCUCCUGCCACCCUACUAGGGUUAGGGUUCCCCUUGUCCUCACCUACCACCCCACCAGCCUCCGUGUCCAACAUAUAAUUCUCCGUAACUUCCGCCACCUCCAAUGGGAUCCCACUACCAAGCACAUCUUUCCUUCUGCCCCCCCCCCCCCACUUUCUGCUUUCCACAGGGAUCGCUCCCUAUGUGACUCCCUUGUCCACUCAUCCCCCCCACCCAUCCCUUCCCACCGAUCUCCCUCCUGGCACUUAUCCUUGUAAACAGAACAAAUGCUACACCUGCCCUUACACUUCCUCCCUCACCACCAUUCAGAGCCCCAGACAGUCCUUCCAGGUGAGGCGACACUUCACCUGUGAGUCGGCUGGUGUGGUAUACUGCGUCCGGUGCUCCCGGUGUGGCCUUUUAUAUAUUGGUGAGACCCGACGCAGACUGGGAGACCGUUUCGCUGAACACCUACACUCAGUCCGCCAGAGAAAGCAGGAUCUCCCAGUGGCCACACAUUUUAAUUCCACGUCCCAUUCCCAUUCUGAUAUGUCUAUCCAUGGCCUCCUCUACUGUCAAGAUGAAGCCACUCUCAGGUUGGAGGAACAACACCUUAAAUUCCGUCUGGGUAGCCUCCAACCUGAAGGCAUGAACAUUGAUUUCUCUAACUUCCAUUAAUGCUCCUCCCACCCCCAUUUAUUUAUUUAUUUAUUUUUAAUUUAUUUUUAUUUCAUAUAUAUUUUUUUUUCCUCUCUCUCUCUUCACAAUAACUCCUUGCCUGUUCUCCAUCUUCCUCUGGCGCUCCCCUCUCCCUUUCUUCCUUCAAGGCCUUCCAUCCUAUGAUACUCCCCUCUUCUCUGGCCUUGUAUCCCUUUUCCCAAUCAACUUCCCAGCUCUAGGUUUCAUCCCUCCCCCUCCUGUCUUCUCCUAUCAAUUCGGGUCUCCCUCUUUCAAAUCUCUUACUAUCUCCUUUUCUCGUUAGUCCUGAUGAACGGUCUCGACCCAAAACAUCGACUGUACUUCUCCCUACAGUUGCUGCCUGACCUGCUGCGUUCCACCAGCAUUUUGUGUGUGUUCCUUUUGGCUACAUUUCUGUUUUAGUGUAUACCUUGCAGUUCCAACACCAAGUACUGGUGUAACAUCUCAAUUGUGCUGUAUAACUUAGCUCUGUGAAUAAUGGUACUGUGGUUCUAAGUACAAAAUGCACAGCUGUGCCUUGGAAGCCAUCUCAAUGGCAUAAGAAUGGUGGCAUAGUGGCGCAGCGGGUAGAGCUGUUGCCUCACAAUGCCAGAGACCUGGGUCCAAAUCCGACCUGAGCUGUCCGUGUGGAGUUUGCAGGUUCUCCCUGUAAUGCAAAUGGGUUUCCUCAAACAUCCCAAAGGCAUGCAGGUUGGCAGGUUAAUUGAACAUUGCAAAUGUCCCCUAGUGAAUAGAUGACUGGUAGAAUAUAGCUAGAGAUGGGGGGAGGAUAAAAGAUGGGAUCAGUGUAAGUGGAUAAUUCAUGGUCAGUACAGACUUGCUGGGCUGAAAGGCCUGUUUCUAUACUCUAUCUCUCCGUGACUUUUUAAGAAUGGAACAAGACUUGUAUAAAUUGCCAAAGGUUAAUUAUUCACAAGGUUGUGAAUGACUUAUGUUUGGCUUCUAAAUAUAGCUCUGCAAUGCAAAAUGCUGGUUGUAGCAAGUGCCUUUGUUUUAUUUUGCAAACACCUUUAGUUCAAUUCAGUAGUCCAGAACCUAGAAAUUUGUUAAGUUACAAAAUAAAGCUAAGUCCACAUUGCCUUACCAGAGGUAGAAGAAAACAGCAACCCACCAUGACAAUAAUUGAACUUCGUAUGAAGUGAGAGCCAGCAUCUCAUUUGAAAGCAGCACCUUGGACAAGGUGUAUCACCCUGCAUUAUACGUGGAAGUAAGGAACUGGAUGUUCUCAGAUGUUGGCUUAGUUAAAUAGCUAGCACUUGGGAUCGUAGCCCUCCAUACCCCUUCCAUCCAUGUGAUUAUCCAGAUUUCUCUUAAAUGUUGCAAUUGAACCUGCAUCCACCACUUCUACUUGUUCCACACUCUAACCAUCUCUCAGUGAAGAAUUUCCUCCUCAGGAUUCCCUUAAAUAUUUCAGCUUUCACCCUUUACCUUUGACCUCUAAUUCUAGUCUAUCCCAGCAGUGGAAAAAACCCGCUUGCAGUCUUCAUAAUAGCCCUCAUAAUAUUGUAUUCCUCUAUCGCAUCUCCCCUCAUUCUCCUACCAGCCAGGGAAUAAAGUCUUAACCUAUUCAAUCUUUCCCUAUAAUUUAGGUCCUGGAGUCCCAAAAGUAUCCUUAUAAAAUUUUCUCUGCACUCUUUCAUUCUUAUUUAUAUCUUUCCUGUAGAUAGGUGACCAGAAUUAUGUACAGUUUGUUUAUUAUGUUUGUCUUGAAACACAGAGAGAACAUAACACUGGGGGGAGAUGCUUCAUCUCCCUUUACUCUAUUUGUUGCAAUAGCCAAGAUCUCCUGGUGGCCACCAAUUUCAAUUCGACUUCCCAUUCCCAUGCUGAUAUGCCAAUCCCUGGCCUCAUCUACUUCCAUUCUGAGGCAAUGCUCAGGUUGGAGGAGCAACACCUCAUAUUCCACUUGGGUAGCCUUCAACCUGAUGGCAUGAACAUCGAUUUCUCAAACUUCUGGUAAUUCCUCCCCCCUUCUCUCCUUUACCAUUCCCCAUUCUGGUUACCUUCUCAUCCCUUCUUCUCACCUGCCUAUCACCUCUCCCCUAGUUUCUUCUUCUUCAGCACUUUACCUCUUUCAUCUAUCCCCUUUCUUACAUCAUUCAGCUUCCCCCACCUACCCACCUUCCCCCUCACCUGGUCUCACCUACCAGCUUGUACUCCUUCCACUCCCCUCUCCUUAUCCUGCCUUCUUCCCCCUUCCUUUCCAAUCCCGAUUAAGGUUUUUGCGUGCAACAUUGGGACUGUUUACUCCUCUCCAUAGAUGCUGCCUGACUUGCUGAGGUCCUCCAGCAUUUUACUCAAGAUUUCCAGCACCUGCAGAAUCUCUUGCAUUUAUAAGAGAGUAGGAGCAGGAACAGGCUAACUGACCCCCUCAAGCCUGCCCCAGUAAUCAAUAUGAACAUGGCCUCAAUGCCCCUUGUGCACCAAACCCUGCGAGCCCUCCUUUCCCUGAGUAUUUAAAUAUUACGUACCUCCACUUAAAUGUGCCUAAUAAACUUGAUGAUAAAUGAGAAUGACAGGCACAAUCCUGAGAGCUGAUGUGAUAGAGGGUUAUAAAGCAAUACCGUAAACGGAUUGAUGACAAUGUAUGAUUGGUAACCGAAUAAUGGUGUUUAAAUUAUUAACAUGGAAAACUUCACAAAAUGAGGAUAUGUAAAAAUUACCUGUGGGAAAAUGUUCUUUGAUUUGAAAUGCAAAAUUUUAUAUUGUAAUAAAAGUUCUUAUGUUUA